AUCAAAAAGAUGUACACCAAGGUGAAGCUCAAGCAAUAGGAGAGCUAUUGAUAGCGGAUAAAAUAUUUGCUUUAGGUCCUAUAGUUGUGUUAAUGGAUUGUGUAGAAAGUUGGAUUAUUUAUUUUAUAAUCAAACAAGAUGAUGAAUUUUAUAUUUCAAUUGGUGAUAUAAAUGAUCAUGGUGUUGCAUUAGCAAUAAUCAGGACUUUUCUACUUCAAGAAGAGCAAAAAUACAAUAAUUUAAUAAAAGGUGAUUUAGCACCAAUUAUAGUUAAAUUACCCACAUCUUUUAGAAACAAGGCAAGGUUUAAGGAAACAAUAGUUUGA